AUGCCUCUCUUUCCAGAUCUCGACUUUUCAGUUCAAUUUGCAGACGCACCGACAUGGGCACCCUAUGCAGGCUUUUCGUUUGCUCUUCUAGCUUUGUACGUCGCGAAGAAACUCUUCAAUGUGCACAGGUCUGCUCUCCCAUUACCGCCUGGUCCUCCACGCUUUCCUGUCAUCGGAAACGUGCACCAAAUGCCCACAGAGAACCACUGGGAAGUUUACAGGGACUGGGCGCAGCAGUAUGAAGCCUUCGGGGCGCCGAUCCUCGUCCUUAACUCGCUGCCCGCUGUCCUUGAGAUCAUGGAGAAGAAAGCUGCUAUCUUCUCCGACAGGACCUAUCUACCUGCUUAUGAUAUAAUCAAACUUGACUGGAACUUUGGCUUGAUGCGAUACGGCGCUGCUUGGAGAUCCCAUCGAAAAUCCUUCCAUCACUUCCUUAGUCCGCAAGGAGUGGAGAACAACUUCCGCCCUGUCAUCGAGCAAGAAGGUAUCGCAUUCGUCCACCGGUUGUUGGAGAACCCUGCAGAAUUUUUCGAGGAAACUCGAUUCUGUUUUGGGGCCAUCAUUAUGCGAGUCUCAUAUGGCGUCAACGACUACGAAUACAACAAGAACCUGGUAUUGAAGAGUGAAUUUGUGAACAAGGGGUUCUCCGAGGUCACCCUUCCGGGUCGACUGCUCGUGAAUCAGUUCCCCUGGCUCCGCUAUGUCCCAACUUGGUUCCCCGGCGCUGCUUGGAAGAAGAGGCUUAGUGCGAUGGCGGCAGCAUGUCAAGUAAUCAUAAACGAGCCUUUCCGAGAAGCGCAGGAGCGCAUGAGGUCUGGCAAGCAAAACGAAUUCAUCAGUAUGGCAACGAGCUUGAUCGACGAACUACCUCCCAAAGAUAGUCCCGAAUAUGCAUCUCAAGAAAUACAAGCGCGAAACGUCGCAUUGGUAUCCUACUUUGCUGGUUCUGAUACUACUGUCACAGCCGCCCACGUUCUCUUCCUCCUCCUCGCCAAACAUCCGGAGGUCCAGAGGCGGGCUCAAGAGGAAAUAGAGGCAGUUAUUGGCAAAGAUCGGCUACCCACCCCUGCUGACUGUUCUCAGCUUCCAUACGUACAAGCAAUUAUUAAAGAGGUCAGCCGAUGGCACACAAUUCUUCCACUGGGCCUCCCCCAUGUUUCCACCGAAGACUACGAGUACAAGGGCUAUUUCAUCCCGAAGGGCACAACAGUAUUGGCCAACACAUGGUCCAUCAUGCACGACGCCGAAAUCUAUCAAGACCCUUUGGAGUUCAAACCAGAGCGCUUCCUCAAGGGCGGCAAGAUCGAUCCUGAUGUCCUUGACCCAUACAUCGGAGUCUUUGGGUAUGGUCGCAGAAUCUGUCCCGGCCGCCACCUCAGCAACGAGGCCUUGACUUUCGUUGCAGCUUGCAUCCUGACGGUAUUCAAUAUCGAACCGCCGAAGGAUAAGGUCGGAAACCCGCUACCAAUGGAGAUGAAAGUGAAUUCCGAUCUUAUCUGUGCUCCCGAGCGAUACACUUGCGACUUUGUGCCAAGAUCAGAGAGACACCGUGCACUUGUUGUCGAUUAG